AUGUCCAAAGUGCAGCAAUUCACGGCGGCCGAAGUGUCGCGACACCAUUCCGCAUCAUCAGCAUGGAUUGUGCGCCACGGACGAGUCUAUGAUGUGACUCGCUUCCUCUAUGACCAUCCGGGUGGCGAGGAGUUUAUCUUGCAGCGAGCUGGAGGAGACAUUACUGGCAUCAUGGAAGAUCCACUAGAGCACUCGCACUCGGACUCGGCUUACGAUAUGCUGGAAGAAUACUUUAUUGGAUUACUCGUCGACGACAAGGGAAAUCCAUACUCGACAACAUCAAACAGCAAGGUUGUUUCUGGUGAACCCAAAUGGCAUGGAGCUAGUGCUGAAGACAAGAUUGAAAAGUUUAUUGAUGUGAAUAAGCCUAUGGUCGCUCAGGUAUGGCGAGCUAAAUGGACUAAAGAAUACUAUCUGAAACAAGUCCACAUACCACGUCACGCAAUCAACUCGGCUCCUAUAUUUGGCGGCGUAUUAGAAAUAUUUACCCUGACUCCUUGGUGGGUGAUCCCAACAGUCUGGGGUCCAAUAUCGCUAUUCUGUCUAUAUAAAGGACUUUUUACCGUGCCAGUUUGGAGCAUCCCAAUCUUGUGGACUUUGGGUGUCGUCAAUUGGUCGUUGAUUGAAUAUACGCUGCACAGAUUCUUGUUCCAUAUGGAUAAAUUAUUGCCUGAUCAUCAGGCCGCUUUUACCUUGCACUUCUUGUUGCAUGGUAUUCAUCAUUAUCUGCCUAUGGAUAGCAUGAGAUUAGUCAUGCCACCAGUACUAUUAGCAGCAUUGUCAAUCCCCGUAUGGAUGAUAUACUUGUCUGUGAUACCGGUAUGGCUGGCUUGGCCUAUUGCCUCUGGAACGUAUUUCGGAUACAUCUCAUAUGAUUUGGUACAUUACUAUCUACAUCACGGCAAACCUUCCGGACAUUUUCGAGAUAUGAAGACGUAUCACUUGGACCAUCAUUACAAGAAUGCCGAUCUAGGAUUCGGUAUAACGUCCAAGAUAUGGGAUCAGGUCUUUGGCACUGAACUGUUGCCUUGA